AGCCAGCAGUACUACAGCUGUGCCCUCGGGAAGUGUAUAGAGGUUUUAAAUGAUUAACAUAAGUUAGGAUAGGUCGAUACUGAUCACGCUGCUUGUACCAACGUCUAUUAACUUUCAUUAUAUGGAGUUACAAUAGCAAGGGGUCAUUUAUAAUACAGGACAUAAUUCGAUAUUGAUUUUGGUUGCUACCUUGCAGAUAAUGAUUUGUUGGAAACUUGCUUAUGAAGAUUUGUUGCUAAUGGUGAUGCCUAAUAGAGGUGGUCAAGGCCAAGGCUGUAUAGGGACCUUCCACUGAUAUUGAUAGGUUUCUCAAAGGCUGUUUUCUUACGUGAUAAUAUUUUCUAAUUGAUAAUUAUCGUUUAUCUUACCGUAGAAAACCGAAAGUGAUGCACGUGAAUGGUGUAUAAAUUUUAAGAAAGUUUAAUAUAUCUUAGUGUUGUAUCCACCAUGACACCAUCCAAAACACUCCUCGAGCGACUAGACAAACUACCUAAUUCAUCCCAGGAAGCUGAGUCGAUAAUUCAGGAUAUUAUUCCAGAAUUAUACACUGGCGACUUAUCUGUAUGUCACGUUGUGGACGCUUUGGGCCCAAGUCUGACACACGCCAACCCAAGUGAGAGAGGCGCUGGAACCCGAUUUCUAGCUGAUCUUCUUCAUUCCUUGCCGUGUGACAAGUUAAGCUCACAGGAACUCCUAUUCUUGACUGCCUUCUUCUUAGAUCGUCUGAAGGAUCAUCAUUCUGUUAUACCCAAUGUCAUCUAUGCCAAUAUUGCCUUGGUUAAACAAAAACACAUCAAUAGAAAAGAUGUUACCAGUCUUGUGCAAGGAUUAUUCCGGGAGGUCCCUUGUCAGUCGCAAAUCAUGUCAGACAGGCGAAAUAUUUACACCCUACUCAAAUAUUGUUUGGUUUACAAGUUGGAAGAUAUACGAGAAAUGGGACAAGACUUUGUUCUGGGGUUUGUUACAGCAAUGGAUGGAGAAAAGGACCCUAGAAAUUUGGUUUUACUUUUUACGUUAGUUCCAAUUAUUGUCAAGAACUUUCCCCUUGGUCCUUUCACCGAAGACCUUUUCGAGGUUGUGGCUGCAUAUUUCCCGAUAGACUUUGUUCCGCCAGCAGAUGAUCCAUAUGGCAUCUCAUCAGAAGAUCUGGUGCUGGGUCUCAGGGGUGCCUUAGCCGCCACACCACAGUUUGCUCCCUACUGCAUUCCUUUGCUCCAAGAGAAGCUGGACUCAGAUCUUACUUCUGCUAAGCUGGACUCUUUGCAUACCAUGGUUGCAUGCUGUGAAGUGUACUCAGCUGAAGACAUUAGUCCCCACGUGCUGUCACUGUGGGCCAGCAUCAGAAGGGAAAUUGUUGAGGGUGCGAGUAGUGAGAUGGAGGCAGCAGCUCUCUCAACCCUCUCUGCUAUUGUUAUGACUCUGCAACGGGGAAUAUUAUCACAAGCCGCCCAUGAUGCCACAAAUACGCUUACCAAGUCUGCCUUAAUGGAAUGUAUGGGCCACCUCACCGCACCAGAACAACGUCUCAUGUUUCCAAGUGCUCAUAUUCUUCUUGCCCUUGUUGUUGCUGCUCAAGUUCCUGCUCAAACAAUUUGUGAAACGGUGGUGCCCGUCCUUACUGAACAGUUUGGCACAAGAACUGAGGCCAUAGCAAAGAAGAAUACCAUUAUAAUACUUGGGAAGUUCUUGAAUAGUGGAUCAAAAUUUCCUGACUUAAAAACAGAGACUGGCAGUAUAGGGAAACAUGAGGCUGCUUGCUGUGGUGUAUUCUCCCUUGGACUGACAAGUGACAUACCCUCAGUUCAGGAAGCUACAGUAUUAGCUCUCACUGCUGCCUUACCAGCAUUCCACUCUUCUUACCUCAGUUCAGUUGCUCAGUCCUUAACUAAGCUUCUCCUCACAGCAAAGAACGAUUCAUUAAGAGAUGGAAUAAUCCAGUGUUUUGUUGCACUUGGGAAGAUACAACCCUUAGCUGUCAGUGACCACAUAUUGCCAAAACUUCUCAUAGAAAUGGAACAAGGUCAUUCAGUCAAUUCAGGUGUCAGUAACAGCCGGAUAUUAGAGACACUUGCCAUCCUCACUGCAGGAAGAUUACUUACUUCCCGUGUGUUGCCUGUUGUCUGGAGGCGAGCUGAAGACUUUUCAUCAUUGUCAUCUGAGCAGUGUUGUCAACAUCUCUCCUGUGUCAGAAAGAUUUUGAGGAAUGCUGUGACAGACUCUGAAUGCAAGAGUUAUGUAUUAGAGGAAUGGAGUGGUGUAAUGAAGGUAGUCUGUCUUUCUGUGUCCACCAUCCUUAGUCCACAUGUGACCAAGCCGGUCCCAAUUCUUCAGUGUCUCUCCAGUAUAUGUAGGAUAUUAGUGGCCAACUUAAGUGAACCACAGCCUUUGGUACAGUCUCUUUUAACCCUGGUCACAGUGGAUGAGGCAGAGAGAGUUGAAGGAGUUUUUGGUGAUCUUGUCGUCACACUUCCAGAAACAAGAAAUUUGAUAUCCAGCAUUGCAGAUGAAAGCCAUCCACAAGCACCACUCAUGAGUUAUAUGAUUGAAGGUGUAGUGUUGGGUGCACGUCAGCUGCCCGAAACUGAUGGUUUACAACAUCUGCUGAGGAAGCUGAGACGAUUAAGUUUGUGUCAUGUAGACUUAGAAAUAAGAGAGACUUCAGCCAUCCUCCAUGGUGCAAUUAUUAAUAAGAUUCCAACAGGUCCGUCCCUCACUCAAGCAUUAAGUGAAAGUAGAGAAGAACUGUUCAAGCUAUUAAAUUUAACUAAUCAAGUGGAGAAGCAGAAGGCUGCACUUCUUACACUAACAUGGGUGUGUAAGGCGUUAGUUGUGCGUGGUGCUCAGGACCAGGACGUGUGGACAACAAAGAUGCAGAAUUUACUAAGUGACUCAGGCAUUGGAUUAGAUGCUGCUCAUAGCUUUGAAGUUAUUCUAAGGGAACACCAGUAUGCCCUGAGACCAGAGACUUUUGCAAAUAUAAGAUUGCUAUAUAAACAGAGAUAUUUUGAAAUUAUGGUAGGACCUCUGGUAGAUAUGUUCCACAGCAGUGAGGGCAAUACAAAGCACAAUGCCUUGCUGGCACUGUCAUCACUGAUGCCUUCAUUACCACAUCUCGUUCUUAAUAAUCACAUCAAGAAGUUAUUGCCAGUGCUGCUUCAGGGGAUUACCAGUGGAGAGUCUGCAGUAACUGAGAGUACAGUGUGUACAUUGUCCAGUCUCCUGCAGCAUUCCCUCACCCAUGCAGCCCCUCACACUAACAUGCUUGUCUCUACUCUGGUCCCGCUCACUGUCAAUCAUCCUAUGAUGGUGCGCAUGAAAGCUUUGGAGUGUCUUCAAGCCUUGACUGCUUUACCAACCAUGACAAUCCUGCCAUAUAGAGAAGAUGUAAUCAGGGGACUGAAAUGUGUAUUGAAUGACAAGAAACGUGUUGUUCGUCAAGUGGCCACUAAUGCUCGCUGUUCUUGGAUCCUCGUUGGUGCUCCUGGCAGUGAGAGUGCAUAGGCUGGGGACUUAUUUAAUGUAAAUAGUACUUGGAAGCAAUUUGUUUAUAACAUAUAGGACCUUCAGAAAAUUUUCUUUCAUUCACAUGAUGCAUAUAAUUUCUAGUACUCUUGAUUAAUCUUGAUUUGAAUUUAAAUUAUAUUUUUAUUGCAUUGUAUAAUUUUAAAACACUGUAUUCAAAUACUGUUGCCAAAAUUUUAACUCUUUAGAGGGCAGCUCUACACUUAGGUAUUAUAUUCAGCCGAGGGAAACUAUAGUUGAAGUAAUACAUGUAUAAAUAAUAGAUAUAAUAUUUAGGAAAGUGAUAAGCAAUAAUUACAUUAUGAUAGGACAAACUAGCACAUAAUGAAUUUCAUUAUCAUUGAUUCUUAUUUCUCACUUAUCUUGAUCUAUAAGGAAUGCUGGCUGUGAAUAAAAGAUGAAGAUUC